CCAACCAAUAAGUUCAGAAGCCUGCCUCCUGCCUUCUCUCCUCUCAACUGUUCAACAACCCGCCGGUGCUGCCUGCUGCUGUCCUCAGUGAGUUCACGGCUUUUGCUAUUUCUUUGUGGAUAACGACAAUUGCUGCCCCAAACAAAUAAUCAUGGUCCAAGCCAAGACGUGGAUCCUUACCAAGCACUUUGACGGCUUCCCGAAGGACAGCGACUUUGAGCUUAAGGUGGAGGAGCUUUCUGCACCCAAAGAUGGGGAGGUGCUUUUGGAAGCAGUGUUUCUCAGUGUUGACCCAUACAUGAGGCCAUUCAGUAGGGUUCGCAUGAAUGAAGGCGAUGUGAUGAUUGGAACUCAAGUGGCCAAAGUGAUUCAAAGUAAUAACCCAGCAUUUCCUGUGGGAAGCCAUGUUGUUGGUCGUUGUGGCUGGAGAACCCACACAGUCUGUGAUGGGACAGACCUCAUUCCAGUCAUGCCUGACUGGCCGCAAGACGUCUCGUUGUCCCUGGCUCUGGGGGGCAUCGGCAUGCCAGGACUGACAGCUCUGUACGGGAUAGAAGAAGUCUUAGGACUCCAGAAGGGUGAGACCCUGCUGGUGAAUGCUGCAGCCGGGGCAGUGGGAUCCAUGGUGGGCCAGAUUGCAAAGAUCAAGGGCUGUAAAGUGGUGGGUUCAGCAGGGUCUGAUGCCAAGGUGGCUUUCCUCAAAGAUCUGGGCUUCGAUGAGGCCUUCAACUACAAGACUGUUGGUUCCCUGGAGGAGGCACUGAAGAAGGCUUCUCCAGAAGGAUAUGACUGUUUCUUUGAAAAUGUGGGAGGCCCUUUUUCAAGCGUUGCGAUACAGCAAAUGAAGAACUUUGGAAGAAUAGCUGUGUGUGGAGCUAUUUCCACAUAUAAUGACACCACACCCCAAACAGGCCCAUACCCCCACCUGACCAUGAUCUUCAAGCAGCUUAAGAUGGAGGGCUUCAUGCAGAGCAGGUGGGAGCACAAGCACCCCGAGUCCCUUAAGAGGCUGAUAGGAUGGUUGAAAGAGGGCAAACUGCAGUGUCGGGAGCACAUCACAAAAGGCUUUGAAAAGAUGCCAGCUGCUUUCAUGGGGAUACUGCAGGGAGAAAACAUCGGCAAGGCUGUUGUCGCAGUCUGAUGUGGAAAGCGAGAUCAAUGGAGAAGAAUCCAUAUUAUUAAUACCUGACACAUUAUUACAGAAUUCAUACAUGAAGGAAGCAUUAGUUCAGAAUUCAUUGUUAGAGAGUUAAGUUUUUAGAUGGUUUUAUUAAACUGCAACAUCUGCUAGGUUUGGAUUUUCAUUCAUGGUAAGGCACAUUUUUUGGUAAUGCAUUUAAAGAAUAAAGAGAGAUGGACAAGUUACUUUAAAGAAUCCGGUUUGGAAGCACAAAUCUUAGCAUUUAUUCCUCAUGUGCCACUACAUGGUAGCAAACUAGUUGCACUUACUGAAUUUUUAGUUUAGUGAAUUAGUUUUUAACCACCAUCCAGAUAAUUGAGUAUACAGAACAUCGUUUGGGAGACAUCAGACUACUGUGGGAAAUCGGCAAGGCAUGAGAAGAGCGUUUUACUCUAUGAGGUCGACACGAGAUUGUCGGUCUUUUAUGCCAGCAAGUACCUGAAUGAGAUGUGUAGAUCUGCUGCUGAUACAUUCAUA